AGGUGGUUCUUAAGGUGUUUCCAAGAUGCCCAAGAUAUUCCUGAUCAAGCAGAGGUCUGAAGAGGCAGCACAAGUCUCGGAACAACACGGUGUGAUGAAGCGCCCCCUGUCUCCAGACGCCCACCCUGCAACACACUGCCCUGAUGUUUUAGUACCGACGCCGCUGCCGCCCCGGCCGGAUCUCCCCUUCCACCCUCUCCCCGUCAUGGCUUCCCCGGCUCUUCGCAUGUUGCCGGUCCCUCCGCACCUACUGCCCUGCAGUCUCUGGUGCGGCUCUCCACCGGCGGAGACCCUCAUCCCACCCAGGUUCCCCCUACUGCACACCCCCCUUCCGUUUUCCUUCUCCCCGUACCCCCCUCCCCCUCUUACUGUGCCCGUACCGAAAGUUUCCGCGGAUAUCAACGGGGGAGGGGCGAGGGGGAAGCCGCGGUUCGACUUCGCUAACCUCGCGAAGGCCGUGACGGAGGACGAUACAAACAGCAGUACCCGGCAGCUGUUUCACGGGCUCGGGUUUCCGGCACCGCACCGCCCGCUCAACCCCGGCGGGUACGCCUCCGCCUUCGUCCCGAAGGUGGACCGCCGGUCGGCCCGGGGGCGCCUCCCGUCGCGAGCCAAGAAGGAGUUCAUCUGCAGGUUCUGCGGUCGGCACUUCACAAAGUCGUACAACCUUCUGAUUCACGAGAGAACUCACACGGACGAGCGGCCCUACUCCUGCGACAUCUGUCACAAGGCUUUCCGCCGACAGGACCACCUCAGGGACCACAAGUACAUCCAUUCCAAGGAGAAGCCGUUUAAGUGCCUGGAGUGCGGGAAGGGUUUCUGCCAGUCGCGGACUCUGGCGGUGCACAGGACGCUCCACCUGCAGGAGUCCCCGCACAAGUGCCCCACCUGCGGCCGGACCUUCAACCAGCGGAGCAACCUGAAGACGCACCUGCUGACUCACACGGACAUCAAGCCGUACCAGUGCGCCAACUGCGGGAAGGUGUUCCGGAGAAACUGCGACCUGCGAAGGCACAGCCUCACACACUGUGAGGAGGGGGAGGGAGAGACGACGCUAGGGUCACCCGAUCGCGAGGACACCCGGUCUACUCCCAGCCCUGGCCAGCAGCAAUAACGAACGCAAAGACAGCCACAGAAUAUCUAGAAAUCUAGAGAAAAAGAACUGACUGAGAAUAGUUUGGGUUCCUGGAACGCAAAGGCAGCCACAGAAACUGAAGAUCUAGAGACUCGGGGUAGCCUGGAUGCCAGACUAUUUCUAGGGCGUGUACAGGCCAGGUCCUUGGUUCUAGGACUUGCACAGGAUAGCCCCUCGGUUCUAAGGACAAUAUACCUCCAAGGAAAAGUCUGGCAACACUCUUGACAUCCAGGCGACCAAGAUUUGAGCUCUGAAGAGACAGAACUAACAGACUGAGGAUACUAAAAGUUUUUAAGAUGGUCUGCUUUGGAACACCCGCAAACCAGCAAUUUGGCCUGUAGAGAUGUAGAAUUCUGAGAAACCUAGAGGACGAGGACAAUAGUGAUGGACCAUGGCCAUUUUCGCUUAGUCCACGGAAGAUGCCUGACCU